AGUCUUGUCUUCCUCGAUCCCUUCAGCUACAUUCCAAGGGCUUCCUUACCUGUCUGAGCUGGCAGGAGCGCGCCCUUCUCCUCCUGUUCCUCGGACUCCUUCUGCCCCAGCCACUCAGCGGAGCACCAAAGGCUCCGCCGACGGCCGCUGGGCCCGGCGGUUUGACAGCACUUCUUGUGCCAGAGCACUUCCUUGAACGUCACUUCCUCCAGGAGAAGAUGGGGACCGGAGGCGGGGCCGAGGAUAAGAGAAAAGGGGAGAGUGUGUCGCACGCAUGCGCGAGUUCUCCAGUUCGCGGUCUCCGCUGCUUACUCGGAUCUGAGGAGUCCCAGAUAGUUGGCGUGGACUAGAAGCGGGAGGCGGACUCGCGGGACCGCCCCGAGAGAGCCCACGUGCUGGGCGCGGGCGGUUGAAACGGUUCCCCGGCGCGCGGCGGGGAAAAAAGUGCCAACCUGCAUCAGCAGAGAAAGUUUUCUCACCCAGUAGUUCCAAAGGCCAAGGAGCAAGGAACAGAAAUGGAAGCAGUGGCUGGAGGCUUAUAAUUGAGGGACUGAGUGAAGUCCCUGGCCAGUUGAUUGUGGACAGCAGCAUAACUUCUGGCCACUUGUUCUCCUUUCUGAAGGCUUGGUAGGACGCCCCUUUCAAGCAGUCCUUCCCCCACAGGUUCACAAAACUUCAGUUCCAGCAUUUUCAUCUAUUUUGGGUAGAGUAAAACAGCAUUUACUAAAAUGGUAUUUUUUACAUGCAAUGCAUGUGGAGAAUCAGUGAAGAAAGGGCAAGUGGAGAAACAUGUGAAUAUUUGCAGAAACUGUCAAUGCCUUUCUUGCAUUGACUGUGGCAAAGAUUUCUGGGGUGAUGAAUACAAAAAACAUGUGAAGUGCAUCAGUGAAGAUCAGAAAUAUGGGGGCAAAGGAUAUGAGGUCAAAACCAACAAAGGAGAUGUUAAACAGCAAGAAUGGAUUCAGAAGAUUCAUGAAGUAAUGAAGAAACCCACUAUUAGCCCCAAAUUGCGAGAAAUUUUAGAAAAAGUUAGCGGUUUUGAUAACAUUCCAAGGAAAAAGGCCAAAUUUCAGAAUUGGAUGAAGAACAGUUUAAAAAUUUAUAAUGACUCUCUUCAGGAACAGGUGUGGGAUAUCUUUUCUGAAGCUACCAGCAAUGGACCAAAUACAAAAGAACAAGAGAAACAGCCCCUCAACCAAGUGGAGAAUCAACAUGCAGAAAACAAAAUUAAGACAACACCCACUGAAGUCAGUGAAAGAACAGUUGGACAACCAGAAGCAAAGAAGAACAAAAGAGAACGCAAAGAAGAAAGACAGAAGAACAGGAAAAAAGAAAAGAAAGAACUGAAGUUAGAAAACCAUCAGGAAAAUUCAAGUGACCAGAAAUCCAAAAAGCGCAAGAGGAGCCAGGUAGAAGAACUUGAUGCUAACCAGGAAGAAAAGUCAGAAAUUAACAACACAGAAAAGAAGAAAAAUAAGAAGAAAAAACCCAAGAAGGAAUGUGCCGCAGAAUCAGAAGUGAAUGGAAAUGGGAAUCAUGUUGAAAUGACAGAGGAAGAGACGAAAGCACCUGCAGAAAAAAGGAAACGUAAGCAUUCAGAAGAAGAAGCUGAUUCUAAGAAGAAAAAAAUGAAACAUACAGAAGAUACUAACUUAGAGACUGAAGAGAGUGAAACACCUAUAAAAGGGAAAUUCAACUGGAAAGGAACUAUCAAAGCUGUUCUGAAACAGGCCCCCGACAAUGAAAUAUCAAUUAAAAAAUUAAGGAAAAAGGUUUUAGCUCAAUACUUUGCAGUGACUAAUGAACACCACAAAUCUGAAGAGGAGCUGCUAGUCAUCUUUAACAAGAAGAUCAGCAAGAACCCCAGCUUUAAGCUCUUAAAGGAGAAAGUAAAACUUUUGAAAUGAACAUUUUCCUACUUUGUUAAGAAAUAUGCACUAUUCCUAACUUCUACCAUCCAUCACUAUUUGUAAAACAGUUAGAGAAUUUGACAGCCACUCAGAUUUUGUGUUGUUGUUGUUGUUUUUUAAAUGUUAAGGAAAAUGUAUAUUUUUUGGUAGAGCUUUUAACUGAAAAUAAAGAUAACUGCUGCCCAUUCUUCUAAAUUUUUGGUAUAGAAAAUUACUGGAGCUGAGAAAACAUGAAUUUUUUUUAUUAGAAUAUACUGAUAUCUUGGCAGCAGUUAAAACACAGUAACAUUGACGUGUCAUCCCUUGUAUGGUGAGUCAGAAAUUUUAAUUAAAUUGAAAUACAUUUUAA